AUGUGGAACAUUUUUCAUAAUUUACUAAGGACCAUACACAAGAUGCCCCUUAAAUCUAGAGAUGAAAUAGAACCAGAAAAAAUCACAUCUUCAAAAACACAAAUAGUACUCCGAUGUCCAUUUACCAAUUGUAAUGCACGUAUAAUCGCUUACUCGUCCGCCAUACCAUCAUUUAAUAUCGAAAAUGCACCAAAUUGUGUGUAUAUAGAGUCAUUUCAAUUUGACAAGACAAAUCCAAAACUAAGUUCAUCGACGAUCUCAUUCUACCGUAUUAGUGAUGUAUGGGAUUUCGAUAAUAUAGGUGUGAGCAAACCUUCGGAAAUACUAGCAGAGCCGAUAAUAGUUGGUUCUCAAGUCCAUGAGGAAGAGCAUGAAAAAAUCGACGUGGAGAGACUAUUGAUCUGUAGCGAAUGUGAUCGUGGUCCUUUAGGUUUUGCUGGGAUUGUCUCUGGUGGUGACAAGGAUCACCGAAACCUCAAAUACUUUUUAAGCCAAGAUAGUGUAUUGUAUGAUGUGGAAAGCUAG